AUGAACAAGAUGCGAGGAGAAUGGUUCAACGUGUGUACGAGCCUCCUGGCAUUCUGCUCUGCCGAUCCGGAGAAGUCCGAGCAGGUGGUGAUCUUCCAAGAACUCCUGGUGCGCCUCAUGAGCUUGCUGCACUGCUCGGCCCUACAGCUGGUCUGCAAGCUGAAGGACAAGCGCCUUGAGCUGAUCGAUGUGUACGGAGUUGACGCGAGCAGCUUGACUCACAUCCGAGAUGCCUCCAACCGUUGCGACGUGAUUUGCCUCUGGCUGACGCGCAUGGUGCUGGAGAACCACCUCAAUCAAGUUCUUGUGGCCCCCGCACCCAUUCUCUCAAGAUCCUUUCAAGACUUGGGUCGAGGCAGGGUGAACCUCUCAGACCUGGUGAAGAUUCGGGACAUCCCCUUCCCCUUCCCAUACUCGCAGCUCAUUGCGACCAUGCUGGCAAUUCACUCGGUCAUCACGAGCGUGAUCACGAGCCAGUUUGUACACCCAUGGUACCAUGCGGGCCUCAUCACCUUCAUCACCAUGACAGGCUUCUGGGCUCUCUUCUACAUCUGUGCGGAGAUUGACCACCCCUUCGGGGAUGAUCCCAAUGACCUCCCACUGACGGACUUGCAGCAUGAUUGGAAUGUCCGCCUGCUGGAGUUGCUGGAUCCAAAGUCCCAGCGUGUGCCGGCAUUCACAGUGCACGCGCACGGCAUGAACGCCGCAAGAUUCUCGAUCACGUCGUACCUCGCCCGGUCGGAAGUGGGCAAAGGGCGCCAUACCACCACACAUGCCAGCCCGGACAUCUUCAACUCGCUCGAUGACCUCAUCACUCACCACCAGAGCAUGGCGGACAUGCCGAAGCUGAGGCCAUCGCCCUCGCAGGGGACGGAGAACUCCAGGGGCGAAGAUGUCUAUGUCUUGGGCCAAGAGUCGCGGGUCGGGUGCAUGAAGCCCUUUCGCACCACGGAGUCGCCACUCGGAGCCGCGGAGCGCCCAGCGGAGCGCCCGGCGGAGCGCCCAGAUCGGCUCACCUACCCGGCGGUGACCCAGACGCUGGACUGA